AUGGCUCCGUACAGAUACCGCCAAUUUCAAGUCGUCGGCCGACACCUCCCGACGGAGGCGACGCCGGAGCCGGAGGUGUUCCGCAUGAAGCUUUGGGCGCUCGAUGACGUCAAGGCGCGAUCGAAGUUCUGGUAUUUCAUGUCUCGCCUCAAGAAGGUCAAGAAGGCGAACGGUCAAAUCAUCGCUUGCAACGAGAUCUUUGAGGAGGACACGACGACCGUGAAGAACUUCGGCAUCUGGAUCCGUUACCAAUCCCGCACGGGCUUCCACAACUCCUACAAGGAGUACCGCGAGACCACCAUGAACAAGGCGGUGGACGCGCUCUACGAGGAAAUGGCUUCCCGCCACCGCGUGCGCUCCUCCCAGCUGCAAAUCAUUAAGAUUGCGGAAGUCUCCGAUGAGAACGUCCGUCGUGAGAACACGCGCCAAUUCCUCGCCGAAGACUUGUCCUUCCCGGUCGUGAACAAGGUCAUGCGUCACCCGAGCAAGGCGACCAAGACCAUCUUCAAGUACAAGCGUCCGAAUCAUGUUACGUUGUGA